UCAAAGCUGUGAGUCACUUAAUUGUUUAAUAUAAGUAUUUAAACUGUUUGUUGUGAUAGCCAAUACAUAUUAUUAUAAUUUUGCCGAAAAUAAUGAUUCGGUUGUUGAAAAUUGUCUGGUAAACAUCGGUCGUGUAUUACUUACAGUUAAACAAACAAACAAACAAAAAACAAAAAAAUGCUGGUGUUAAACUUUACGCGUUCUUAGGAGUGCUGAAUGCAAUACGUUGUUCAGAAUGGCUCGAUGGACUAUAGAAUGGGAUUCCUCCCCUAAUAAAUGGAUCAAAAGACUGAUCUCAGUACUACACGAAUGGAUCAAUAGAAACCACGGAGACACAGAUUACUACCUCACUCAGUUUUUGUCCGGUCAGGAGCUUUUGCCGACUGCUUACACAGGUUCAAGAUAAAACAGAUUCCAAACUGCCCGUUUUGCCCAAAUGAAAGGGAUACACCAGAACACACGUUCUAUAAAUGGAAAAAAAAUUACAAACAAAGACAAAAUCUGGAACCACAAAUAAAUGCCCAACUUACCCUGGACAACACCAUUACACUAAUGAUCCAAAAAAAGCACCCCUGGAAAAUUAUACACAAAUUUAUUAAAGAAUUUCUACAAUGCAAACAACUUGCACUAAACUUGGACCAAGAUGACAGCAACCACCAACCCCCUUCUUCCCUCGACGACACGCCUCAACUACGCAAUUCGGAGGUCGACAAACACACUUAAAUAGACAAAUGGAGAUUGAGGACCUCCAGCACUCCAAAAAUUAGAUUUAAGAUAUUUUUAUGGGAAAAAAUUUACAGGGGGGAAACACACUAUAUAAAUGUAAGUAAUAAAUCAAUAUAGGCUCAUAUUAGAAUGUAAAAGAGGCCUUCGGGUUAAGUUCUCUCCAACUUAAUUCCACCAUGUAAUUAUCAAAAUAAAACAAUAGGUUGAAAAAUUUAAAAAAAAAGAAAAAAAAAGUUGUUCAGGCGUUAUGACUGAUGAGGUUGAUGAUAUAAAGUUUACACCCGGUCCUACAUAUGCUACGGUGUCUGCUGCGAUAAUCAAAGAGACAUUGACAAAAACGCAGAUUAUUCCUGAUGCGCUAGAAAAAGCUCCCGAGCAUAAUGCUAACAUCAUGUGGUACGAUUUGCCGAUGGGAUUUGGGAAGACUCUGGCCCCGUUGCAUGUCAAGUAUUUUCCAACGUGGUUUCAAUGGCCUCAUGAUCCCAACAAAUUAUACACAUUCGUAAUGACAGAUCUUGACUACCCCACAAAGAAAACUCCAAGCGGGCGCGAGUUUUUGAUAUGGAUAAUCGGUAAUAUUGGUGGAGAUGAGGCUAUGGCUGGAAAAGAAUGUGUCGAUUAUGUUGGUUGGCAAGAUUCUUUAAAGCAGGAUCGAGAUCUGCAUAGGUACAUAGUAACAGUUUUUGAACAACCCGAGAAAUUUCCUAUCAACUUUACCGCAACUAAUUAUUUACAAUCAGAGGGAGCGAUUCAAAACAGAACAAAAUUUUCAACCCGCAAAUUUGCUACUUCAUAUAAAUUAGGAGACCCCAUCGCUGUAGAUUUUGCGUUUGUGAAUGUCUCGGGGCCUACUGAGUAAACUUAUUAUGCCUAAUUUAGAGUAAGAAAUUGAUAUUCAGAUAUACUUAAUAAGAUAUUUUCAUUCUA